AUGAAAAGACUCCCAUCUGGAACUAUGCAGACCUACCCAAGAUCAUGCAAUAUUUCACAAAAAGUAGAAAACUGGUUGCCUCAGUGGUUACCAACUCAUGGAGACUCUCUGGGCUACUGUCAAUUCACCAGGGACUGUUUCUCAGAAAAACCAGUGCCCCUGAGCCUUAGUCAACAAGAAUAUAAUUGUGGUUCAUACAAUGUAGAAUCUGGAGUUCACAAGCACCUCUCUUUAGAACACAGUACCAGUGCCCCUCAAACCAGUCAUAAACAGAUACAUCAGAAGAGGAAAAGGCACCCAGAGGAAGGCAGAGAAAAACAGGAAGAAUGGCCCAAGCAUAAGAAUAAAAGAAGUUCUGAGGAAAUGGAUUUAGACAAACGUAAGAGCAUCCAAAGUAAAAAAACAAAGGUGGAAACAGAAACUGUACAGGUCAGUACAGAAAAGCUUAAGGAUCAAAAGGAGAAAAAAAACCGAGAUGCAUCCUCUAAGAAAGAGGACCAUAAGCAUAGAAAAGAGAAAAAGGAACAUGGCAAAGAAAGGACAGAGGAGGAAAUGCUUUGGGACCAGUCUAUCCUUGGAUUUUGA